UUACCUCACACGACUAAAAAGGCCAUUUACUUCUCUCUCAUUUUGAACAAUUCACUCAAUCUUCUUGCCACAUUUUACGAGUUAUCAACCAGGAUCUUCACUUCCCAUAGCCACAUGUCGAAGGGCGAGGAAUUGAAGUUGCAUAUCAAGGUUGUGGUGAACAAGCAGAGAACUAAGGUCCUGUUUGCAGAAGCUGGCAGCGAUUUCACGGACGUUUUGCUAAGCUUCCUACUGCUGCCACUGGGAACGAUCUUGAAGGUCCUUGAGAAGCAAAAUGUAGACGAUGCGCCUGCUAUUGGAAGCUUGAGCACGCUGUACAGGGGCGUAGUGAAUCUUGACAUUGGUCAUUUCCAGACAGAGGUUGCCAAGCAGAAGCUCCUCGCUCCAGCAAGUUGCUACGAUGCUGAGUUGCGUAAACUGAGGCUCAACGUCUAUAAUGUUGUUCCUGCAAGUCCCAAUUCUAUCAAUAGAUACGACGGGGUCUUCACUGAAAGUGCAGCUUCUUUCAUAAUCGGUGAUGAUCUGAAGGUGAUGCCUAAUGUGAUGGGUUCGUUCAUGGAAACUCUCAGGGGUCUCGACAUUGAUGGGACCAAUAUUGAUGGUGCCGAGACGAUGAAUGUGGCUUUUGGAUCGAAAGAGAUCGUGGACUUGUUGAGGCUAUCAUUGGUUUCCCGGAAUCCACUGACGGCCUUCGUGCUGAGUGGUGGCCAAAUAAGGUUGGCGUCGAAGAAAUCCAGCGAGCAGGGGAAUGCUUGGUUGCAAUGCAUCAACGAGAAAGUUGCAUCUACCAACAUCAAGAAGAUGAUUGUGAAGGCCACUAUACAGAAAUCGACUAACAAGUUCCUAUUUGCUCAAGCAGAUAACGAUUUCAUCAAUUUCCUUUUUGGCAUGCUCACGGUUCCUUUGGGAUGUGUCAUGUCGUAUUUGGGGAGUAACAGUGGCCUAGUGGCUAUUGCUAAUCUGCACCUGAGUGUAGCAGACGAGUCUAAGAAGGUCCAAUUGAAGAGUGCAAAGACAAGAGUCUAUCUAACCAUGUCAAACCUCAGCCAAUCCAACGAGUUUUCCCGUCUCAAUUUCGACCCUGAUGUGAGAAACCAUCAUGUUAAAGGAGAGAGGAUGCACAUGGUGACCAAUAAUUUGACUGUUUCACCGUUGGCUAUGACAUCAUGCAUCUCCGUGCUCAAUGAGCUGAAGAUCUCCGUGUCUGAUAUUGAAGAGGUGGACGUGCAAGUUGGGCUCGAAGAGGGUUUACGCAUAGUGAAAGAGGCUCUUACAUCGACGACGGCAUUGGAAGAUGGCCUCAUCAAACCCAUCUUGAAGGCGUCUCUGGCUGCUUCAAAACCCGUGAAACGGCCAAAGCUUGAAUGCUGAAUAUGGAUUCAUCUCUCUUUGACUCUCUAAUAGGAGUAUUAGGACAAGAUUGUGGCCGUUCAGAACUAGCAACAUGCUAACUAAGUAACUUGAUAGGAGUAAGUGAAGUCAUGUUAGAACUUUUGUGUUCGCCAUUUUUAACAUAUUUGUUUUGAAGCUUUGAAAUGGCAGCACCACUUGUUGUAAGUCAAAAAUAUCAAUCUACAGUUUACAUUGAAAUUGGGUUUGAAUACUAAACUAAA